AUGAGAGAAGUAAUCAGCGUAAAUGUCGGCCAAGCUGGUUGUCAAAUCGGUAACGCAUGCUGGGAGCUAUACUCGUUAGAACACGGGAUAAGACCAGAUGGUUACUUGCAAGAAGGUCUUUCUAAGCCCAAAGGUGGUGAAGAGGGUUUUUCCACCUUCUUCAACGAGACUGGGUCCGGUAAGUUUGUUCCACGUGCCGUUUACGUCGAUUUGGAGCCUAACGUCAUUGACGAGGUACGCACGGGCCCUUACAAGGAGUUGUUUCACCCCGAGCAAUUGAUCAGCGGGAAAGAAGAUGCUGCCAACAACUACGCGCGUGGUCAUUAUACGGUUGGAAGAGAACUCUUAGAUGACAUUUUGGAUAGAAUUAGAAAGAUUUCAGACCAAUGUGAUGGUCUGCAGGGUUUCUUAUUUACACAUUCGUUAGGUGGUGGUACCGGUUCUGGUUUGGGAUCUCUACUCUUGGAGCAACUCUCUAUUGAUUACGGCAAAAAAUCCAAGUUGGAGUUCGCAGUGUAUCCUGCUCCACAGGUCUCAACUUCCGUAGUUGAACCAUACAACACUGUUUUGACAACACACACCACUUUGGAACACGCCGAUUGUACCUUUAUGGUAGACAACGAAGCAAUCUACGACAUGUGCAAGAAGAAUUUGGAUAUCUCGAGACCAAGCUUCGCUAAUUUAAACAAUCUAAUUGCACAAGUAGUAUCUUCUGUGACCGCUUCUUUGAGAUUCGACGGUUCGCUAAAUGUUGAUUUGAACGAAUUCCAAACCAAUUUGGUUCCAUAUCCUAGAAUUCAUUUCCCAUUGGUUUCUUAUGCUCCAAUCCUAUCCAAGAGCAAGGCUCAUCACGAGUCUAACUCCGUUUCUGAAAUUACCAACGCUUGUUUUGAACCUGGUAACCAGAUGGUGAAAUGUGACCCAAGAGCAGGGAAAUACAUGGCAACCUGUUUGCUAUAUAGAGGUGACGUUGUGACCAGGGACGUACAAACAGCAGUUGCCCAAGUUAAAAAUAAGAGAACUGUUCAAUUGGUUGAUUGGUGUCCUACCGGUUUCAAGAUCGGUAUCUGCUAUGAGCCUCCUACUGCUACUCCACAAUCUCAGCUCUCUUCUGUGAACAGAGCUGUAUGUAUGCUAUCCAACACAACUGCUAUUGCAGAUGCUUGGAAGAGAAUCGACAGAAAAUUCGAUUUGAUGUACGCUAAGAGAGCCUUUGUUCACUGGUACGUUGGCGAAGGUAUGGAAGAAGGUGAGUUUACCGAGGCCAGAGAAGAUCUUGCUGCCCUAGAGAGAGAUUACAUCGAAGUUGGUGCUGACUCGUAUGCUGAUGAAGAAGAGUUUUAA